UAUAUAGAAACAGGAAUGGGGAGCCAGAAUCAUUUGGGAGUGUUGUUCCUUUGCUUUAUAGCACUGAUUGGAUCAAGUCAGGCUCAAUUGCAGCAAGGGUUCUAUGCCAAGAGCUGCCCAAAAGCUGAGAAGAUCAUUCAAGACUUCGUGACUCAGCAUAUCAGAAAUGCUCCAUCUUUGGCUGCUGCUCUGAUCAGAAUGCACUUUCAUGAUUGCUUUGUCAGGGGCUGUGAUGCAUCAGUGCUUCUGAACUCAACAACAAACCAAGCAGAGAAGAAUGCUCCGCCAAAUCUCACUGUCAGAGGAUUUGACUUCAUUGACAGAAUCAAGAGCCUUGUAGAAGCUGAAUGCCCUGGUGUAGUUUCUUGUGCUGAUAUUAUCACUUUGGCUGCCAGAGACUCCAUUGUUGCCACAGGAGGUCCCUUCUGGAAUGUUCCAACAGGUAGAAGAGAUGGAACUGUAUCUAACCUGUUGGAAGCCAGAAACCAAAUUCCUGCUCCGACUAGCAACAUCAGCACGCUCCAGACACUCUUUGGCAACCAGGGACUUGAUCUCAAAGACUUAGUCCUGCUUUCAGGUGCUCACACAAUUGGUAUCUCCCAUUGCCCAUCAUUUUCCAACCGAUUGUAUAAUUUCACCGGUAAAUUAGAUCAAGACCCAAAUCUAGACAGUGAAUACGCAACAAAUCUCAAGACCUUCAAGUGCAAAAGCAUUAAUGACAACACCACAAAAGUUGAGAUGGACCCUGGAAGUCGCAAGACAUUUGAUCUUAGCUACUAUAGAAAUGUGCUCAAGAGAAGAGGUUUGUUCCAAUCAGACGCUGCUCUGCUGACCAACUCUGUUACCAAGUCUACCAUCACUCAGCUGGUCGAGGGACCAGUAGAAAACUUCUUUGCUGAAUUUGCCAAGUCCGUGGAGAAAAUGGGACGAAUCAAUGUCAAGACUGGGACACAGGGAGAGAUCAGGAAGCACUGUGCAGUCGUAAAUAGCUAGGAAUCUUGAUGCCCAUCCAAGUGCACUUUGAUUUCUCUUUUUUGUAACUUUACUUUUGGUUCUGUUUAUUUAUUUAUGUGGUGGCUUUGGUGUCUUCAUAAGUUACGCCGGGGGUAUCUUUAUUUAUUUGCGUUGCUGGAAUAAUUGGAAUCCCCGGUAGUUUUCCAGUUUGAAGGGAGAUUAUGUUCUUGUUCCUGCGAAUAAAAAGCGCAGAGUUGAAGGAGAAUUACUUGUGAUUCUUGUUCUUUGUUGUUUGGAAGAUGAGUUUUUCAGGAUUAUUUGAAGCUUACGUUUGUAUUCAUUUCCACGAUUAAUGUAUUUCACCAUAUA